AUGUCUGAGCCGCUCAAGCAAGCCGAGGAGGCCGUUGAUGCAAACUCCUACGACGUGGCGGCAUGGCACUUCAUCCUCAACGAGGCGCCGAAACAACCGAUUGGCGAAGCUCGCCGGCUCUAUGACAAAGCCCUGGAAGUUUUUCCCACAGCCGGAGCCAUCUGGCGUGACUACCUGCGCAUUGAGUUGCAGUUCCGAAACUUUGCUCAAGCAAAGGAGCUUUUGGGCCGCUGCCUCAAGACAUGUCCUCAUGUCGAGAAACUCGCCUAUACCCAACUCUUCAAGAACGUGGGCGUUGAUUUCAACGUGACCCCGGCUUGGCAGAAUUAUAUCCGAGUCCUCAAGGAGUUGCCAGAGACUACAAUGCAUCAGGAACAGACGAAAACUGCAGAACUUCGCCAAGCCUAUCUUGAGGCGCUAGCGAGUCCCAAGACCCACAUUUCUCAGUUGCGCGCGGACCUGGAUGCUUUCGCAAAGCCCCGAGGUCAAGUGGGGCGCAAGCUUGUAGACCUCGUAUCUGGACCUUAUGCCAAAGCGCUCACCGCUUCACGCAAGGUCGAGGGAUUUGUCAAGGGUAUCAACCGAGAUCUUUUGGCUGUGCCGCCGACUCGCUCACCCAUCUACGAGCACCAGCUGCGAUGCUGGCAAGAAUGGAUUGCUUUCGAGCGCACAAACCCUCUGGCACUGGUGCCUGUGGAAAUGGUGCAACGUGUCAUCUGCAUCUACCGACAAUGCUUGAUGUACUUUCGCUUUUAUCCCAACAUGUGGUAUGAUGCCGUGGCGUUUUUGGAGGAAGCAGCCGCUGAUGCGCAGAAGCGGACAGAGCAAGACUCAUGUACACGUGCUGUGCAGGGAGAUACUCCGAUGGCACAGCAAUGGCUGAGUGAAGCCCGUUCGUUCUUUGAGGCCGGCAUCAACGCGCUGCCCCAGAAUUUCCUGCUGCACUUUGCUUUUGCUGAUUGGUUGGAGGGCCAGGGACAUAUUGCAGAUGCUCGCGAGGUGUAUAAUCGCCUGCUCGGCCAAAGGGACAUCAACCCAGCCCUUCCCUUUGUGCAAUUCAUGAAGAUGGAGCGACGCGUGGGCUCGAUUGAAUCAGUGCGCAAGGUUUUCAAGCAAGCACGUCAAGACGAGCGCACCACUUUCCAGGCCUUCGUCGCCGCGGCCCUUUUAGAGCUCAAUGGAUCAGACAAAGGACGGGGCGUAUGUAGUAAAAUCUUUGAGCUGGCUGUGAAGCGCUUCCCUGAGGACCCUGGCCUAGCGCGCGCGUAUUUGGCGUACCUCAGCUACCAGGGUGACAACAGCAAUACACGCGCUCUUUUUGAGCGCGUACUUUCCAAAUUGCCACCCGCUGACGCCGACGGCAUUUUGCAGCGCUACAUUGAGUUUGAGGGAACCCAUGGUGAUUUGUCUGCGCUCAAAGCUUUGGAGCGCCGGCGUCAUAUCACCCGUCUGGUGGUUGAGAAGAACGAUGAUCCCGAACGAGCCGCUCCCACCGUGGCGACCUUUGGUGAUCUUGUGCACCGCUAUCAAUUCCUCGACCUUUUGCCCAGUGACCCAAGCUUUUUAUCCGCCUUUGCGCCCGAAGCGCUGAGCGCCGUGGCUACGGAGAACACUGCAACCUCGCUAGGCAGCAACAGCGUCGAGGGAACCGCGGUGCCUGCUGAUAUCCCAACCAUGGAUGCUGCCGUCCGCUUCUCCGAGUACCCUAUGCCCGACACAGCACAGGCGGUAGCAUACCAGCCAGCCACCGAUGAUGUGGCCCUUCUUCGACUGCCUCGCCCGCGCCUGGUGGCCGAGCUCCUUACGCUGCUGCCCCCACCCGAGGCUUAUACUGUGCGUCUGUUCGCUUUUUCCCUGACUGCGUGCUGUGUCUUGGGUGGCUCUGGCAACAGCCCUAACACGAUUAUUUUGGUAUCUUGCAUAUUGGGUCAGCACGUCGCUGUGGAGCCGCUGGUGCGCUGCAUCCUUGAGCGCGAUAUUCCACAACCCAAGCAGUCGGAGACGAGUGGCAAACGCGAGCAUGACGAUGCUGAUGGGGAGGAUGAAACGGGCGCCUACAAUGAGGACCAAGAAAUGGACUUGUUUCGUCAGCGCCAACGUGUCAAACGCGACGCUUAUUAG